AUGGCGCUGCUCAAAGUCAAGUUCGACCAGAAGAAACGGGUCAAGCUGGCGCAGGGGCUCUGGCUUUUGAACUGGCUGUCGGUGCUGGCCGGCAUCGUCCUCUUCAGCCUGGGGCUCUUCCUGAAGAUUGAGCUCCGCAAGAGGAGCGACGUGAUGAAUAAUUCCGAGAGCCACUUUGUGCCCAACUCUCUGAUCGGGGUGGGGGUCCUGUCCUGUGUCUUCAACUCUCUGGCUGGCAAGAUCUGCUACGACGCCCUGGACCCUGCCAAGUACGCCAAGUGGAAGCCCUGGCUGAAGCCGUACCUGGCGGUCUGUGUCGUCUUCAACGUCAUCCUCUUCCUCGUGGCUCUCUGCUGCUUCCUGCUGCGGGGCUCCCUGGAGAGCACCCUGGCCUACGGGCUCAAGAACGGGAUGAAGUAUUAUCGGGACACGGACACCCCGGGCCGGUGCUUCAUGAAAAAGACCAUCGACAUGCUCCAGAUCGAGUUCAAGUGCUGUGGGAACAACGGCUUCCGGGACUGGUUUGAGAUUCAGUGGAUCAGCAAUCGCUACCUGGACUUCUCCUCCAAAGAGGUCAAAGAUCGCAUCAAGAGCAACGUGGAUGGGCGGUACCUGGUGGACGGCGUCCCUUUCAGUUGCUGCAACCCCAGCUCACCGCGGCCCUGCAUCCAGUACCAGCUCACCAACAACUCGGCGCACUACAGCUACGACCACCAGACUGAGGAACUCAACCUCUGGCUGCGCGGCUGCAGGGCCGCCCUGCUCAAUUACUACAGCAGCCUCAUGAACUCCAUGGGUGUGGUCACACUUCUCGUCUGGCUCUUUGAGGUGAGCGUCACUGCCGGACUCCGCUACCUCCACACGGCGCUGGAGAGCGUGUCCAACCCCGAGGACCCCGAGUGCGAGAGCGAGGGCUGGUUGCUGGAGAAGAGUGUGCCCGAGACGUGGAAGGCCUUCCUGGAGAGCUUUAAAAGGCUGGGCAAGAGUAACCAGGUGGAGGCUGAAGGUGCAGACGCGGGCCAGGCCCCAGAGGCAGGCUGAUGGCCUAGGCCUCUCCCCUCCUCAACACUUAGUGGACUCCAGGGACUGUGGAUAUCCCCUUGUCCAGCUGAAAGUCCAAAUUUCCCAAGAAGGCUGGUCACCUACCCACUCUCCUUGACGUGGGCCUUGAAGCUCAGGGUCCUUAGGGCACACUGCAAACAUUUGUGAAAUGGCUGCCUCCAAAUGUAAGUGACUGAACGCUGUCAGCGGAUGCCCAGUCUCACAGGACUGGCCAGUCCAAGGCCCUGUCCAAGUGUGAGUCCAGUUCUCCCAUGGGUGACUGGUCACACCAAGGGCCUGUCCCCCCCUUAGUAGUGUCUGCCUCUUUUAAGCUCCAAGUUCCGAAUCCUAACCAUCACUUGAUACAUAAAAGCAAGGUGAAAAAACAAAACUCUAAGGGCCAUGUUGUCUUUUCCUUCAUGAUAGGGUUAGCAGGCUGGUUACCAUUUGCUUAAUGUUAUAUAGUGGGGGAGAAGCAAAGGUAUUUUUAUAAGAGUAAUGGACUCCCCCAGAGGGUUACCUCCAUGUAGGAAUUCACAGAUGGUACAGGAAGUGAAAAGUUUACUAAACCUAGUGAGAGUCCCACACCUGCCCCGUUCCCCGCGUUCCCGGCCUCUCGGUCACGUGCUCUAGCCAGCAUGUCCCAGCAUCCCCGACUCACAAAGUGCUGGGUGAGCCACUGCCUGUGGCUUGUCCGAGAAAGCCUCAGGUGAGUUUGCUGUCCUUGUGUGGGAGAGAAGUGACAAUCAAUUAAGAGUCUGCCCCUUGGGGACCAGGCCUUACCUCCUGGUGGGCUUGGGGAUGUGGUCUCAGAUGGCCAUAGCAGUCCUUGUGGACUGCACUGACAGGGAGGGCAAAGACCUCUGGGAGCUUCUGUUUUUCCUCCCACAAAGCACUAUGGGAAUGAUUCUGUAUCAAGGAAGAUUCUGGGAGACAGGCUAUCUUUCCGGGCUGGCGUGGGAAAAGUUGCUAUUUCUUCUGGGCACGACAGGCAAGCUCUCUGGGGGAGCAAAAUAGGAUUUUGGUGGCACCCAGAUUAUGGUUCCCAGAUCACCACAGGGCUAAGCUGCGGCUGCGGUGUGGCUCUAACUCUCUUAGGGGGGAACACCAGAUCAGAGAUGCUGGUACACCCAACAACUAGGGCCCUAGUCUGAGUUUUAGUAGUCUGAGUUUUUUCAGGAAGGCUGAGACCAUGGGGAAGAGCACUCUAGAUCCAGUUCUAAUUAUG